AUGCGCUCGAGCAUAAGCACAUUCACAUGUGAUUUCUUUGCUAGUCUUUCAAAUCUCUUCGACGCGGAAUCUCACUUCGUCCGCCUUCCAGUUAUCCCGGUCCCCCUUAUCCCCUUUUCCCUCUUCUGCCUCCCUCAACUGUCCCAUUCUUCGAUCGCGGACCCUCCUCGCAGGCUGUACUUUCAUUUCAACGUGAAGGGCUCGACUCUCAAAGCAGCAGUGGAAGCGAGGACCAUUGCAGAUGGAGCGAGCAAGGGAUGGUUUGCUAUAGGCUUCUCCAAGACUGGCAAGAUGGCGGGCUCCGAUGUAGUUCUGGGAAAUUACGUUCCGUCCACCAAUAAGAAGCUGCCCGUGGGCUCCAAGCCGGGAAUUGGCGGUCCACAACCAAGGCCCAUUGCUUACUUAAGUGCGACCGGUACUAAGACUGACAACGGCACCAAGAGUGGUGGGACUGGGAAGAAGGGCAGCGAGGCUGGAAUCGGGAGUACGAACAGCACGAAAGGUGGUAACAGUGGUAACAGUAGCAACCCUGGCAGCGGUAACGUGGGCAAGGGCGGCAAGCACAAGGGCGCGUUGGUGGGAGCAUUCAACAUGCAGAGCCUCACCAUGGGAACGUACGCAAUGGCAGACAACUUUAGGAUCGCGAACGCCUCCGUUACAGCCACGAAGAGAGGCACCGUUGUAAGGUUCACGAGGAGCGGGCCUGGCGGGUCGGUGCCAGUGAAGUAUGCUGGGCUCAACACGAUCAUCUGGUCCUACUCCUCAACUGGCGCAACCAAGGUGUUUGGAGGACAUAUGAGACACAGGGACCCAGCGGGACAAAACAAAAUUGGUCGGUUUAGCCUUCAGAGAGGGCUCAUGGGUCUCGAGUCCGAAUCGCAAGGUAGGGAGGAGGUGACAGUUGGUGCGGGGGAAACGGGUUUGGGGGAGAGAUUAGCGCAGGAGGAGGGGGUGCGCGCGACGGGGAAAAGGAAACGAAGUUUGAUGGGGCUUCGACCGGGAUCGCAGGGGGGACAGCUGCAGCAGAAGCCAGCGAAGCGUGUCAAGUCGACCCUGCCGGGUUACACGGCGAUGAUCGCGUUGGCUGACUACGCAGGGUUGUUCUUCCAUUUCAAAGUGAAAGGCUCCACACUCAAGGCAGCAGUGGAAGCGAGGACCGUUGCUGAUGGAGGCGCGAGCAAGGGAUGGUUCGCUAUAAGCUUCUCCAAGACCGGAAAAAUGGCGGACUCGGAUGUAAUUCUGGGAAACUACAUUCCCUACACCAAUAAGAAUCUUCCUGGGAGCCCCAAGCCGGGAAGCGGGGGCAGUCCGCAGCCAGGUGCGACUGGUACUACGACCGAAAACGGCACGGAGAGUGGUGGGACGGUGGAGGAAGGCAGUGGGCUUGGAAGCGGGAGUAAGGUGAGGUGA